UGUUGGCCCAGUGAUGCACGGGAGUUGGCGGUGCCGUUUCUGAACUUGAUGAACUUGUUUUAACCUAAGAGCAGCUAAAAUGCCUAUGAAAGGAAGGUUUCCGAUCAGAAGGACUCUUGAAUAUCUCCAGAAGGGCGACAUCAUCUUUAAAAAUCGAGUGAAGAUCAUGACGGUGAAUUAUAACACACAUGGAGAGCUCAGCGAAGGAGCAAGGAAGUUUGUGUUCUUCAAUAUUCCUCAGAUUCAGUAUAAAAACCCUUGGGUCCAAAUCAUGAUGUUCAAAAAUAUGACACCAUCGCCCUUUGUUAAGUUCUACCUGGACGAUGGGGAGCAAGUUCUAGUUGAUGUAGAAGGGAAGGACCAUAAACAAAUUUCACAGCAUGUAAGGAAGAUUUUGGGGAAAUCAGAAGAUGUGUUGCAAGCUGAGGCAGAAGCAAAAAGGCAGGCCUUGAACCCAGCCAACUUUGGGCCAAAAAAGUACUGUCUAAGGGAGUGUAUCUGUGAAGUUGACGGCCAAGUGCCGUGUCCCGGCACUACACCACUGCCCAAAGAGAUGACGGGCAAAUACCGUACACAGAUGGCAGCAUCGCAAGAGUGAGAAGCGCAGGAGGAGAUGUGACUAUUGUACAUAAACUGGACAUUGAUAUGACAUUCUUAAUGUCAUACUUGAUUUUGUAAAGUUGCAUAUUGGGACUACCACACUGCAUUUAUGUGCAUAUACUGUAUGUGCCUAAAUGGACCCGACUAUACAUUGUGCAUAGUGAGUUAAUGGAUUUAAGAAUUGCUAGUUUCUCUUAAGCAACAUGAACCUUCAACACAGGGUUUGUUUGGGUGGGCAAAACUCAACACACACGCCUGUUAAGACAUGAAUGGAGAACCUAAACACCUCCUUAGUGAUCAUAUUUGCAACAUUUAGACACCAGGAUAUACACAGAAAAUCUGACUUUGAAUUCAUUACUUUUUUCAGGCCCACCUUCAUUUUAAGACAGCAUCACAUCUACAAUUUCUGACCCGUUACAAUAGCGACACAGUUUCUUAUGUUUUGUGCUGAUUGUUGAAUAAAAAUGUGACAAUAUA